AAUGAAUGUUUAUGUUUCCGACUAAAGUGCUUCUUUUGUAAAUCACUUUCGAGCUCCAGAGCCAUGCAAAGGCUGAGGUUGAAGGUUGAAUUAAAAUUCCUGCACUUAUAAUUAUCUUCUGCUGUUGUCCUUUACGGACGCACAUGUACAUACAUGUGUACAUAUGUACUUCCUUUCACCGCAUGUAUUUUCAAAUGUCAAUUAGUUGAGUUAAUUGAGCGAAAGUGCAAAAUGUGAACCGCAAUAACGUUUAUAUACAUUUACGGAAUUCACUCGCCUCUGUUAAUCUUUUGGCUUCUAUUGUCUCCUUGCCCCCCUGGUCCUCGGUCUUUUGGCCUUUGUUGGGGCAGCAGAGCCCUUUUGCGAGGCCAGCUUUGCGCAGUUCGAGGAGCUGUCGUUGAACAAGCGCAUGGAGGAGGUGGCCAAGAACGAGGGGUCCACCGAGGAGGACGACAUCGAUGUGGAGCUGCGCCUGUCGCGCUUCGAAUACCUCAUGGAGAGGCGUCUGCUGCUGCUGAACAGUGUCCUGCUGCGCCAGAAUCCGCACAACGUUCACGAGUGGCACAAGCGGAUCAACCUGUACGAUGACAAGCCCACGGAGAUCAUUAACACCUACACCGAGGCCGUGCAGACAGUCCAGCCCAAGCUGGCGGUGGGAAAGCUGCACACCCUCUGGGUGGAGUACGUCAAGGUGGAGGAUCUGGCCGCCGUGUGGUGCGAGUGGGCGGAGAUGGAGCUGCGCCAGCAGCAGCUCGAGGCUGCCCUCAAGCUGAUGCAACGUGCCACGGCGUGCCCAAGCGGAAGGUGGCGUAUCACGACUCGGAGACAGUGCAGUCGCGCCUCCACAGAUCCCUGAA